AUGAUGAAAUUCAAAUCAUUGUUCCGUAGAGGACCAAGCCAAGGGAAACAGGAGUCCACCCUAAAGGGUGCUCCUUCAAUCUCCAGCCUCGACUCAAAGCACCACAAGGUCGCACCAGCUCGAGAUAAGACGCUUAAAAUCUUUGGGUCGAAGGAGAAACUGCAUAAAGCUCAUAAAAAGAAGGAUUUGGGCAAUAACAAUGCUGUUUUAGAAGACCCAGAGUUAAGGGAGGUUUUAGGAGAGUAUGAAGAUGGUCAGGUUGGAGGUCAUGAUUAUGGCAGUGCCGAAGAAUUGGGUGGGUCCGUAGACGGGUGCGGGUCGCAGGAGUGUGUCAGUUUACCCGUCACUUUGAAUGCUGAACACAUGCCAGGCUUCCAGGAAGUGGACCUCAGGCCUCGAGUACCAUCUGAGGCAUCUUUGGCAUCUGGAGUACGCGAGAUCGAGUCAUUGCGGCGAGAAUUAGAAGUGAGUACAAUGGAACGGGCACAACUACAGACGCGGGUUGACGAAUUGUUGGAGAAAGCAUCUGAAGCUGAACGGCUCAGGGCCGAGCUUGAAAGGCUGAAGAGUGUGGAAGUGGAUCGCGAAGCAGCGUUGGAGCGUCUCGCUGACGAGAACGGUGCGUUGCGCGCGCGGCUUCGCGGCGUCGCGCACUCACCGCUCUCCGACAGCGAGAAGCGGCAACUGUUGCUCGCGCCCGCGCCGCGCCGCAUGCACUCCUCCGCUCCUGCCUCCAUCGCUCUUGCCCACAAUGGCGAAGGCGACAGCGGGGAAGCCAGCACUCCGGAGUGGGACAAGCACUCGUCCUCAUCACUCAGCGAGGUCUCUGUCGCGUGCCUGCAGGACCGUAUACUGCAGAUGGAGGAGCACCAUUAUAGUACAAGCGAAGAGUUGCAAGCAACGUUAGCGGAGCUUGCGGACCUUCAAUCACAGCUAGCAGACGCUCACGCGGACAACGAGCGUCUCGCCGACGAGAAGCAAGUACUGCUCGAGUCACUCUGCCGCCAGACCGAGAAGCUAGAGGAUAGUCGCACUAAGGUCGACACACUUCAAGAACUGCUUCUUCGGGAAGGAGUUGAGCCCGAGAUACUGGUAUCGGGGGACCCUGAUCAACAGCUCCUCGCAGUGCUUAAGGUUUCCCAAGAAGAGCGAAGGCAUCUGUUAUCGAAACAGGAGCAGUUGGAAACUGAGUUGAGCCAGACUAAGACAGCGCUAGAAGAAAAAACCAAAGAAAAUGAAAUGCUUGCUGAGAGAAUACGCACACUGGAAGCUAACGUAGAACGCGAAGAAAGCGAACGAGUCCGAUGUGAGCACGAGGCCGAGUCGGCGCGGGAGCAGGCCGCCACGAGGCAGCACCAGAUCGCCACGCUCACCGACCUGCUCGACGCUGCUAAGGCUAAGGUAACGUUACUGGAAGAACGAGCGGGGGCGGCGGCGGGCGCGGCGGAAGCGGAGGCGGCCGCGGCGGCGGCGCGCCGGGACGCGGACGCCGCUGCAGCGCGCGCGCUGGCGCUGGCCGAGCGACUUGCGCACGCGCAGCGACAGCUCGACAAGGCGCACUUCGACGCACGGAAACUGCACGACGACGCGCUGGUAUCGAGAAACAAUGCGAAAUCUACGAUAUCGGAGCUGGAAUUCCAGAUCGAGCAACUGCGUCAAGAGAAGGCAGCCAUGCAAGGCGAGAUGAAGACUUUAAAGGAUAACGCAGAGGAGCUACAGAUACAAGUACAAGUAGCUUCGGACGAGAAGUUGGCACUAAUGUCUCGGGCUGGUGAAGCGUUGGCGAGGGUGGCCGACCUGGAGCGGCAGCUGCAGGACGCGCGCGCCCGCCACGCGCAGCUCACCAGGGACAGGGAGCGGGACGAAACCGAGUGGAAACAAUUCCAAAGCGAUCUUUUGAUGACGGUACGCGUCGCCAACGACUUCAAAACCGAGGCGCAGAGGGAAUUAGAACGACUCGUCUCUGAAAAUAAAGUAGCAAGAGACCGCAUACGAUUGUUGGAAGAUCAGAUGCACUCGCUCAAGGGUAUUGACAGGUCGGAAUCUGUGGAUAGCGUAUAUUCGGAUGAUAAUAAAGAAUUCAAGAAAUCUGAUUCUUUGGACUCGCAAAUGGAUGAUAUAAACUCUGUUAAUGUAUUCAAAAGUAUAAGAACUAGAUAUUUAUCUAGAGUACAUAGUGUCACCGAUAACCCAGUUAAAAAUAGUAUAAUCGAUCAAGCCUUUUACAAGUCAAACAGUGUUCCCGAGUUGAGAGCCGCCUGUGAUAAGCCCACGCUAUUUAAGAUUGAGAAUGUUACUACAGAAGAAACCAAUGAUGAUGAAACUCAAGUCAACUCAAGUCAGACGUCAUCAGAAGGUCAUCCUCGUAGAGUUUUAGCUGAAGGUGUCUUAUCUCCUUAUGAAGGCAAAGAGUUAAAACGACAAGAUGCAAUUGACUUGGAUGAGACAGUAGAUCCUCCUGUAGAUUAUCCUGAUAAAGUAGAUAAUCUGAAUCCGAGAAUAAGGUUAGUGAAAUCUGAAUCCGUCUACUCAUCUGAGCCGAGUGAUCAUAUAUUAAAUACCAAUCUAUCAGGAAUGUAUAAAGGCAAACCAAAGGCUGUCAGUAUGGAUAAUUUGAAUACCAAUGAAGAAUACAAGGAUGCGUUAAAUGAGGCUACCAGUAUAGAGUUCCUAAAUGUUAUAAAUGAGAGUGAAGUGUCCCUUUUUUCUGAAUCAUCAGACAGUGUUUUCAUGUCACCUAUUGAGAAAAAUAACAAUAAAGCUGAUCAGAUAUUCGAAGCAAAUAAUAACGAGGUUAAAUACGAUAUUCCUGUCGUUAAAGCAGAAAAAAUACUUCCCUUUCCCUAUCCUGAUGACAUAAAGAAAACUCCUAUAAAUUUAAUUCAACCAGUUCAAACAGGUAAUAUAGAUGAUAACGUUGAGAAACAGUUUAAACAAGUGAAUGAAGAAUUGAAAUCGACUUUUAAAGCAGCAAUUGAAAGAAUUAUCGGUAACAAUAGGGCUAAGAAAACGACUCCUCCAAAAGUACUGCAGAGACACGAUAUUGACAAUGAUUUAUGUCCUUCAUCUACAGAUAAUUCUUAUAACAACAUAGUUCCAUCUAGUCUUAAAAAAUUACCAAUACUUGAACCUAAAGAAAAAUUAGUGUUAAGCACUACAGAAAAUAUAAGUAAUACUAUAAAGUCUGAUAUGCAAACUAUUCUAAAUACUGAAGAUGAUAGUGGCAGUUCUUCUCCACAAAUAAUUAAUGAGAAUGUGGCUCCUAAACCAGAUGUGACAGUAGAUGAUAGCGUGAGCUACCACUUAAAAAUAAACACCCCUGACGUAGGUGAUGAUAUACCAAAGAUAGUUGCAACUCAAACUAAUCCAAAUAUUAGCAAGAAUAAAACCGUAAAUACCUUAAAAACUUUUGUAGCCCCCAUUAAGGUAGGGAACAUGAAUAUUGCACAGGGACCUCCAAUCAUAAUAAGCCCGGUUCUAAUACAACCAGUGUUAUUAAAACCUAUAAUCAAUCAAGAAAAUUUUGCAAUAGAACCAAAGCAGGAAAUUAAAAAAGCAACAGUUUACUACAACGAUAUUGAUCAAGUGGCAACUGAAGCCAAAAAAGAAAACAACAUAGAAAAAAGAGUAACAGAAAUAGAAAAAAAUUAUGAUAGCAACAAGAAGAAAGGAUUAUACCAAAAGAAUGUAAAAGUGAAAUCUCUUCCUUUCUUAUCAUGGAAAACUCUUGGAUCCAACGAUAAUAUAACUGAGAAUAAAAGCCCAUCACCUAGCAAAGUUAUAACCAAGCUUUUAGAAGUCUCUAAACCUGAUGUGCAACAAUUAAAUCCACCAUCUAAAUUUCUUGACAGUUCUAAAAUUGUAACAAAAUCCGAAGAUGCUCCGAAAACUGUAGUGAAACUGUCGAAGUCUCCUCAAUUUUUGAUAGAAAAUAAAUAUUAUCAGCCCCUGGAAAAUGUACCUUUUGUUAUAAAUACAACUCAAACUCCAAACACAUAUCAAUCGACCAACAAAAAAGAAGAUAAACCUUUAGUAACUACGAAUCCCUUCAUUUCUAGUUUGUCAGUUCCAUUUAGGCGGAAUUCUGAACAGGAGAACGUGUACGAAGAAAUAGGACCUGUGAUAUCUGAAGAGAUACCAAAAAAUGAAAAUAUCGCAGAUGACGAAAAAAUAUCCAUUAAAAGUCAAAACCCGACUGAAGAUUUAUCCCUAGUAGCCCGUGAAGAACUUUUAAAAGUUCCGAGGCGAGCCAAAAAGCCGAAAAACGAUAACCGAUUACCAAAAUCUAAAUCUGUAGACCUUGAAUCAUUAUCUGCUAAUUUGAUUGAGAGUACUGCAGUAAAGAAAGAAAUGGCGAGCAUUACUAAAUCUGUGAUAAGCUUGUCCAGGGCUCCUAGUGCUAAAGACAUACCAAAGAAAUCUACGGGUACUAUAGAGGAGAUAGUACAAAAUCUGGACAAGAUAUCUUCAGAGGCAAAAGAAGUAUCUUUAAGAAAAUUUUCUUUACAAACUCAGCGUUCUCCUAGUAUUGACGCAAAUACGGGGUCAUUACCAAGACAAAGGCCGUACUGGAAGACACAGGAGCACAAGCGAUUGUCGCAUCCCCUCAGGUCUUUGAACGAUCCACCGCCGCGUCGUCCGCUACCAAUACCACCACGAACAGAGGAAACCCCUCCACCCCCGCCAUUGCUUACCAGUGCCUCUCUACAGGAUAUAAUGGCGACUGCAGCAUCACAUAGAAGAACCAAAGGAGUAAGUCGCCAGGACUCCCGUCUGUCAGUGAAGUCGCUUAUAGAGAGUAUCGAGAAUGCGGCUAAAGCAGCUAAACAGCAGUCGCCGGCAUCUACGCCUGUUGAAGACUGGCCUCAGCAAACCACAGUAGGAGUAACCACCACGACUACAGCGAACAACAUAAAAAACGGAAUAUCAGAAACUACGGCUCCUACAAACGGCAUUGCGGCCUCCAGCUAUUCUAAGCCCCCUCCAGCCAGAGGUUCCAGACCGUCACCCAUCACUACAGAGCCGGCGGCGGGCGGUAACAUCCCCGAUGAGCAGCGAGCGCUGCAUUCACUGCAGCAGAAGGCCAUGGAGUCCUUCGUCAGAAGAAACAGUUACGGCGACAUAUGUGAGAGAAAAGAUCCACUAAAUGCUUUACAAGUGAAGAAUGGAGGUUCGAAGCGCAACGCACUGCUGAAAUGGUGUCAGCAGAAGACCUUCGGGUACAACAAUAUAGACAUUACGAAUUUUAGUUCAUCGUGGAACGACGGGCUAGCGCUGUGCGCGCUGCUGCACUCGUACCUGGGCGACGGGCGCGUGGCCUACUCCUCGCUGUCGCCGCACGACAAACGCACCAACUUCUCCGUUGCCUUCGAAGCCGCAGAGUCCGUCGGCAUACCUACCACUUUGAAUAUUCAAGACAUGAUCCACCAGGAGCGGCCGGAUUGGCAGCAAGUAAUGGCGUACGUUACCAGCAUUUACAAACAUUUUGAAACCUAG